AAUGCAGAAGAUGGAUUCCAAAAAGAGACCAACUCCUUCAUUGCGAGGCAACAGUCUUCUGACAAAUCCCACAAAGCUGUCAAAUCUAUUGCCAGGAACCAGUGACAGAAAGAACCUUCUGCAAUCAAAUCUGUUUCUUGGGAAAACUUUACUCAAACCAGCUAUCGGGGUGAAGAAUGUUGGUAAAGAGGAUGAUGUCAACAAAUCAGGCAGUACUGAAGGUACCACAUUAGUUAAAACUGAGGCCAACCUUGUGACCAAGUCCUUAAAACCAGGGAUCAAAUCAGGCAGUACAUUUGGAGCUACAUCAGUUAAAACUGAGGCCAACGUCGGAAGCAUAACAAUCAACAAGACCCUAAAAUCAAAUCUUAGAUCGAAUCUACUUCUGUCCUCGUCUCCUCAUUCAUCACUUCUGUCCCCAAGGUUAACACAUGGACAUCGUACUGACCUAAGGAGUCGUCCUCUCACUGUCAACAGCAAGAGUGCCCUCUUUAGUUCUGUGAAACUGACCUCAAUUGGAUCGUCAUCUCUCCUCAAAUCUUCAAUAUCUUCUAAGUUAUUAACCUCUAAAGGAAGCUUUGUUGGGAGUCUUAGUUCUUGUCUUACAAAAAGUGGUUUCAAAACAGCUGAUAAAGAAAAGGUCAUCAUCCAGAAUGAGGUGAUUACCUUGGAAACAAAUUUUGAGAUACCAGAUUAUGAUUUCCAUAAUGAUGAAUUCAAUAUCAAGGACGAUGAUCAACUGUUUCCAGAUUUGGAAUCGCAGAUCAUAGAAAUGACCCCAGUUGAUGAUGUAAUUUCAUUGAAGACAAAUUUCAUUAACUGCGUCAGUGCAUCACUAAUAGGAGCUACAGAUUUCCGAAAUGUUUACGACAAGACACGACGCAACUUGAUGGUGCUGGGAGACCGUGUCCUAUCCCAGGAUGCCGAGUUCAUUCUCAAGGUUGCAUUGUACUGCCGUUGCGAGUUGAACAUAAGAGCAACGUCAAACUUUCUACUCGCUUUUGCUUCAAAUCGUAAACCAUGCAGACCUUACUUAAAGAAGUACUUCUCAGCUGCGGUCAGGCUGCCUUCUGAUUGGAUAGAUGUUGCAGAGACAUAUCAAACAUUAAAUGAUAAGUCUAUUAAUUUUGGAUCACUUCCAUCGGCAUUAAGAAAAGUUAUGAUAACAAAAUUUCCAGACUUUGAUGAGUAUCAGUUAGCUAAAUAUAAUAAGGACAAGAAAGGAAAGAAAGGAAAAAACAAAUCUAAGAAUGAGAAUCCGAGGCAAAAAAGAGCUAUACAAGAAGAAGUUAGAAACGAAACAGAUUCAGAAAAUGAUAAUGAGGAUAUUGUGAAGGAUGAGACUGAGGAAACUGAAGAGGAACUUGUGAAACUGACCUUUAACCUCAAACAGCUCAUACGUAAAUUACACAUCAAAGAACCAGCAAACCAUGUCAUGGCACUGGUUGGGAAGAAGUAUCCAGAAGACCUUGAGAGCUUCUACCAAGCCAAGUUACCUGGUGUUUGGGAUGCAGAAAUGGCAGGAAAACGAAUGAAGCUGGCCAUACCUGAAACAUGGGAAACUCAAGUUUCUAAGUAUGGCAACAAAGCCAGAACAUGGGAACAAUUGAUUGACCACAAGAAGUUGCCAUUCAUGGCUAUGUUGAGGAACCUACGAAACAUGAUCCAAUCUGGUAUUUCAGAAAUUCAUCACAACUGGGUCAUUAAAAAACUGACCAAUCAGUCUGCUGUGAUUAACAGUCGUCAGUUCCCGUUUCGAUUCUUCUCUGCUUAUGAAGCCCUCCGUCAGCUUCAGGUUAAACUGGAGAAAACAGAGGGAGCAAUUAUCAAAGCUGCUAUAGAGAAAGAACGUGUGCGCUCAUUGCCGCCAAAUAGGAAAAGAAAGGAGAAAGCAAAGAGGCCAAAAGAAAAUGAAGAAUAUGAUGUAGUAAUUUUGGAACGAUAUCGGAAAGCCCUGGAUACUGCUGUGAAGAUUGCCACUUGUUACAAUGUGUCACCAAUCCCAGGCAGAACAAUGAUCUUCUUAAAUGUUGGGGCAAGCAUGAACAAGCCCUGUACAUCAGCCAGAGGGCUGGGAAAACCAAAAACAGUUUUAGAAAUUGGAGUUUUGCUUGGCCUCAUGUGCAAGUAUUCAUGUGAAGAAUGUACAUUUGUCAUCUACGGCAAUGGUCAACAGGUUAAAGUUGAACUUGAGAAGGGCACCAUCUUGGAUAAUAUGAAAAGUGUCAUUGACUGCUCUGAGGCCAUGGCAGUAGAAGAUGAUGAAAAUAAACUAGGUGUCUUGGGUGAUGAAUCCUUCUCUGAAAUGAUUCGGGACCAAAUCCAGCUUGACAAUCUUGUGAUUCUGUCUGAUGGUCUGAAAAUGGAAAGCGACCAAGGUCAGAUGGUUGGUACUUUUCUCAAAAAGUAUCGAAAGAUCGUCAACCCCAACCUGUUGUUUGUUAACGUGGAUCUCAGUAGCAAGUCCUCGGGUCUUGCUGACCUAAAGCCUGAAAAUCCAAAUGACAUCUUCAUCGCAGGCUACAGUGAUCAGAUCUUGAGAUUCAUUGCAGAGCGUGGAAGCAGUAGUCAGUUGACCCACGUUGAAAAUAUUGACAAGGCUCAAAAAUUGGUACCAGAACAGGAAGCUGCAGUUGCUAAGGCAGCCAGUAAAAUGGCCCCUUCAACAGAAACACAGAAUCCCAUCACCAUACCGGCUGUUAUCAAAGCACCAAGAUGGCGCACUGCAAGAGUGUUUAUUUCAUCGACAUUCAAUGACAUGCAUGGUGAACGUGAUAUUUUGACGCGCUUUGUCUUUCCGGAACUACGAGCACGAGCAAAGAAACACUACAUUAAUGUCUAUGAAGUUGAUUUACGAUGGGGUGUCACUGAACAAGAAGCAAAGCAGAAUGGAUCUAUUGAAGUCUGUCUAGGUGAGGUGUCCCGAUCAAAUUUUUUUAUUGGUUUACUAGGUGAUCGCUAUGGUUACACACCAGAGUCAUAUGAUACCUCCAUGCGAACCAAGGAAUUUGAAUGGCUAGCAGACUACCCUGCUGGACGCUCAAUCACGGAGUUGGAGAUGCAACAUGGCGUCCUUGCUAACCCGGAGCAGGCUGUUGAUCGAGCAUUCUUUUACUUCCGAAACAAGAAGCUAAUAGAGAAUAUCCCAGAUAAAUGGAAGAAAGAUUUUGUAACUGUAAACAGUACUGCAGCCAGUAAUUUGGAAAAUCUUAAGGAAAGGAUUCGAACUAGUCCUCUUGAAGUCUAUGAUGGAUAUCCUUGUGAAUGGGGUGGUGUUGUAAAUGGUAAACCAGUUGUAACCGGAUUAGACAAGUUUGGACAUCGUGUUAUCAACAACCUAUGGCAGGCCAUACGCAAAGAAUUCACAGACGAGGAUUCAGAUGGUGAGGACGAAGUUUGUGAGGGCGCUUUACAUGAAAGUUUCAUGACAUCACACCUUAGCCAGUUUGUAGGCCGUAAAAAUAAGUUGAAGGGUAGCAUGAAUGCUUUAAAAACCAUGACAAGCGGUGUUAUAGGAGUAGCUGGAAAACCAGGGUGUGGCAAGACAGCAUUUAUGGCCUCACUUGCAAGUAAUUUUAGAUCAGGUUUAGUGGAAGAUGAACGGAAGCAAGUUGUAGUACACUUCGUUGGAGCAGCUCCUGGUAACAUCACAAGCUUAUUAAAACACAUUUGCUUUGAGCUGAAAACAAGAUUUGAUCUAAAUCAUACAAUACCAGAAAAUUACAAGAAUUUAUCUGAUGAGUUUCGUGACUUUUUAAAGGGGGCAGCAGCACAGUGUGGAACAGCCCCAAUCAUACUGUUUAUUGAUGGAAUAGAUGAUCUAGAUGACAACAACCAAGCAAAGACUUUGGAAUGGAUUCCAGAAAAUCUUCCAGAGGAUAUUGUGUUCGUUGUGAGUUGCCAAGAGAACUCGAUAACUCACAAAGCAUUGAUGCGACGGAAUAACCGUUCCGUCAUUAGUCUCCCCCCUCUGGAAAUACUUGAGAAAUCUGACAUGAUACGAAGUGUUUUGGCUGUUCACCGCAAAGUUCUGGAUGAGUCACCAUUCAAUAAUCAGCUAAAGAUUUUGUCUUCAAAGCGAGAAGCAAAUUUACCGCUGUACUUGACAUUAGCCUGUGAAGAAAUCCGUAUGUUUGGUGUAUUUGAGGAGCUUUCUAAGAAAUUAAAAUCAAUGGCACAUACAGUGAGCACCUUAUUGGUGGAUAUCUUCCAACGCCUGGAGGGCGAUUUCAACAAAGACAUCAUCUCAACAGCUCUGUGUUUGCUGGUCUGUGCUAGAAAUGGUCUUUUUGAAGAUGAAUUACAUCAGCUACUGAGCAUGCACAGAAUGCUUAAUAGCAAGAAGUACAAGUACCAGGAUGUCAAGAAUAUAAAGCUGUCUGCUGAGAACCUGAUGCCUCAAGCUACUUUCAGAAGGCUGCUACGUAGUCUGCAAAGAUUCCUCCAGCCUGUAGCUGAAGACAGCAUUGGUCGUCUGAGCCUUGCUCACGGUGAAUUUGAAAAAACUAUUCGGCAGCGUUAUUUACGAGGAGCAGCGGCAGAAUUUGAGGUGGUUCUACACAGACUUUUGGCAGCUUUCUACCACAGUGAAGCAGAUCCUGAUAGAAUUGGUUGGUGGAGAGGCAGAUCAGCUCAUACCUUCACUGAACUGCCAUACCAUUUGGCCUGCUGUGGUGCCUACUCUGAGCUGGCAGCCACUCUUUGUAAUUUGAAUUUUGUUCAGACUAAGUGCAGACUGGGAUUGGCUUCUCAACUCAUGGAAGAUUUCUUAGGAGAAGGGAAAACAGACUCUUUACAAUUUCGGCGGGAAAAAGAUUGGUUUCUUCAGUCCCCUCAAGUUACGGCCUUCAAAGAAUUUGUGUCAAGAAACCUACACAUCAUAGCUGGUUUUCCUUCUCUGACAUGGCAACAGGCCCUUAACGAAGCUUCUGAUUCAGUUGUGUACCAGACUGUCCGACCUGUGAUUGAGAAACUGGAUACAUCAUUGAAAAAACGUCUACUGACUUGGCAGAAUAAAUUGGAAGGGGUCAACCCAUGUGAAAGAACAUUGGCAGGAUUUACAAAGGACAUAACUUGUGUUGCUACCUCUCCAAACAAGAAGCUGAUUGCCGUUGGCAGCCAAGAUUGCUCUGUCAGACUGUUUGAGAAAUCAACUGGUGUGGAACUCAAGUCAUUCUCAGGGCAUUCUAAUGCUGUGUCUCAUUGCUGUUUUGUUGGCAACACGCAUCUGGUGAGCUCAUCUUUAGAUAGCACACUCUGUCUCUGGGACGUUGUUUUAGGCCACAGAGUUGCUCGAAUGACAAAGCAUAAUCGGCGCGUCAGUAACUGUGCGUACAGUGCUAAGGAGAAUCUGCUUGUGUCGGUAUCGUGGGACUCUGUGCUGAUGGUUUGGAAUGCAAAGGAUGGUUCUUACCUUAGAGAUUUUCGUUCAUCGAAUCCAAUCAACUGUGUCGCAUUCCAUCCAGAGUCUCAGAAAGUAGCAUUUGGUGGCUGGGAUGCAACAAUCGUUAUUACUGACAUUUUCAAGAUGAAAAGACUUGCGAUCUUGCGAGGGCACACUUCAUCCAUCCGGGACUUGGCUUAUUCUCCCACUGGACGUCACAUUGCCUCAGCAUCCCUCUGUGGAGCUGUCAAGCUCUGGUGUGCAGACACUGGCACUCAGGUUGGUACGCUCUCCGGUCAUGCCAUGCCAAUCAAUGGAUUAUCCUUCUCAGCUAAUGGUCAAGAAUUGAUCACUGUUAGUGAUGAUCAGAAAAUCAAGGUUUGGUCUGGGCAACUGGGAAAACGUGUUACCACUUUUGAGAGUGAAGACUUUGGUCCAGCUGCGUGUGUCUCAUUAAGUUCAUACGGUCAGUAUGCUGCAGCAGGCUACCACAGCGGUGAAGUCAGAGUGUUUGAUUUGACCACCGGGACAGAGGAAUGGUCAAGAAGUUUGCAUCAAGAGAGAAUUAACUUUGUUGUGUGGUGUUUGGUGUCCACUACAGAUGGACCAGAAAUCCUGACGGGCUCCAAUGCUGGAGAGCUCACAAUGACAAGCAAGUCACAGGACAUGAGGCGAGUCUUGCGUGGGGCUGAGGGUAAACCCCUACUUGCAGCAGCCUACAAUCAGACCGUGCGUCUUGUUGCAGCAACGAGUGAAAAUAUGGUGAUUUACUUGUGGAAAAUCCCACUGCAGCGUCAGUCAAACAGGACCACCAUUGCACCACUUUGUAAAAUUUUUACAGAAUGCACUGGUCCAAUCAGCUGCGUAGCAUUUAAUGCUGAUGGGUCAAAGUUUGUUACUGGAAGCCGAGAUAUGUCAUUAGUAGUCUGGGAUACAGAAAAAUCUGUGAAUAGAGGAGGAAAGGCGCCCCCAAUUAAAACAAUGAGAGCAUGUCAUAAAGACUGGAUUAAUUGCUGUGCGUGGUCUGAGAUUGAUGAUAUGGUGGUCACAGGGUCAAAUGAUUUCAACCUGAAGUUGUGGGACAUGCAGAAAUAUGAAGAGGUUAAAAAAGGGUUCAAAGGUCAUGGAAGUACUGUGAAUUCGGUAGCAUUUGAUUCUGGUUGUAUCAUUUCUGGGAGUUCUGAUGGAACAGUUAAAGUGUGGACUAAGAAAGGAGUUGAGAUCACCACUAUCAAAGCACAGCAGAGGAUCAGUUCCUGUGCUUUAAGAGUCAAGGCACAUAAAGAAGAGACUGAGCAGCUUGACUUCGAUGAAGACUUCAGUUUACAGCACUCAUGGGUGACUGAGAGCCUUGUUAAUGAAUGGAAAGAUACCCACAAGAUGAAGAAACUUGACAAAGUGAAGGACAAAGAAGUGAUGAUGGAAGACGUUCUACUUGCGUUGGCAGCCGAUGAUGGUAGUGUCCAGGUCUGGAAGCCCCUGCAGGGUAAUGAGUUGACAACCCUUAGUGGUCAUUCUGAUCGUGUCGCAUCUGUUGCAGUUGCCAAGGAUGGACAGUUGGUCACAUCAUCUCUGGACAAGACAGUCAAAUUCUGGAAAUAUCAGGUGAACACAAAUAAAGAUGAACCUUUGCAAGGGCACAGUGGAGAGGUCACAGGCAUGACCUUGGCACCUGAUGGUACUGUUGCUAUAUCAACAGGCAGAGACGGGAAUGUUGCUUUAUGGAACUUGACGAACCCGGAAACUCCAGUCAAGAAUGGCUUUAUAAAGAUUUCUGAAAAAGCUUUGACUGCUACAUGCUUUACUGAAGAUGGGCUAGUUGCCAUAGGAGAUGCCCUGGGAGACAUUACAUUGUGGAAAGUGUUGAAUGUCAAUGGAACAUUUAACCUGAGAAAACUGGCAGUCAGCAGUGCAUCUGAAAGAUGCUCAGUCGUAUCCAUGGCGAUGUCUCCUGGCAACCGUCUUGGAGUAUUAUACAGUGACAACAUUAUCAAAGUGUACAAUAUCUCGGCUGGAAAACUGAAGCAACAGAAAAAAUUCAAUGACCAAUUUGGACUAUCAGACUCCAUGUUAGCCCUCAAGUUUUGGCACAAAGACUGCUUUGCCGUAACAUCUUGUGAUGCCAAACUUGCAAUUCAAGGAGAGAAGCCUGUAAGUCAAUUUCAUUCAAUUUACUUUAAUUAUUAUUAUUUAUGUUGAACAUUUCUACCCUGG